CUCUCGUUGACAUUUCACGAUCUUAUUCAAUAACACUUGUUGGUUCAACACGAUGAAGUUCAUUGUGGGAAAUUAAAUCAAAAGCGUUUUGGACUAAAAUACCGGACACACGGCACGGGGAGGAUGUCUCAGCUGCUGAGGCUUCUCUCGGCGGCAGCUCUGCCUCUGUGGCGGGCUGGAGGAGCUCGGGCUCGGCUCUCUACGGUGAUCGCAGGACGGUUCUUCACUGUCGGAUACCGGAGCUCCGCUGUCCUGAACGUCUGUCGGACACCGACGAACGUCCUGUCCUGUUGCAGACUGCAGUCAGCGCAGCGCCGGCUGUACUCCGCUGAGCCCAAAGAUGGAAAAGGAGGAGAAGAAGCAGGAGGAGGAGGGAAAUCAUCAGGCGGAGGGAAAAGAGGAGGAAACGACUGGUGGAGUCGAAUGCAAAAGGGCGACGUCCCGUGGGACGAGAAGGAUUUCCGUUACUUGGCGGUCACUGUGGCCGGACUCAGCUCACUGCUGCUGUAUUCCUACUUCAGAGACACCGGCCGAGAGAUCAGCUGGAAGGACUUCGUCCACCGCUACGUGGGCAGAGGAAUAGUGGAACGUUUAGAGGUCGUCAACAAAGAGUUCGUCAGAGUCAUCCUGGUGCCGGGAGCCAACGCUGAGGCGAGCAACAUCUGGUUCAACAUCGGCAGCGUGGACUUGUUUGAGAGGAACCUGGAGGCGGCGCACACGGAGCUCGGCCUGGAGCUGUCGAGCCGACCCGGCGUCAUCUACAGCAGCGAGUGGGACGGCUCCUUCCUGCUCAGCAUGAUUCCCCACAUGCUGCUGAUCAUCGUCAUGUUAUAUUUGAUGCGGCGAGGAAUAAUGGGAGGAGGCGCCGGCGGUGGGAAGGGCGGGCUCUUCAGCAUGAGCCAGUCCACGGCGAAGAUGAUGAAGGACAACAUUGAAGUGAAGUUCAAGGACGUGGCCGGCUGCGAGGAGGCCAAGCUGGAGAUCCUCGAGUUCGUCAACUUCCUGAAGAACCCGCAGCAGUACCAGGACCUCGGGGCCAAGAUCCCCAAGGGGGCUGUGCUGUCCGGACCUCCUGGGACAGGGAAGACUCUGCUGGCUAAAGCCACCGCCGGAGAGGCCAACGUCCCCUUCAUCUCCGUCAACGGCUCCGAGUUCCUGGAGAUGUUCGUGGGCGUCGGUCCUGCCAGGGUGAGGGACAUGUUCGCCAUGGCGAGGAAGAACGCUCCCUGCAUCCUCUUCAUCGAUGAGAUCGACGCUGUGGGGAGGAAGAGGGGCGGCGGGAACUUCGGGGGUCAGAGUGAACAAGAGAACACCCUGAACCAGCUGCUGGUGGAGAUGGACGGCUUCAACACGGUGAAUAACGUGGUGGUGCUCGCCGGAACCAACAGACCCGACAUCCUGGACCCUGCACUGAUGAGACCGGGACGCUUCGACAGACAGAUCUACAUCGGUCCUCCAGACAUUAAGGGCCGAGCGUCCAUCUUUAAAGUCCACCUGCGGCCGAUCAAACUGGACCCCAACAUGGACAAAGACGUCCUCGCCAGGAAGAUGGCCGCCGCCACGCCGGGAUUCACCGGAGCCGACAUCGCCAACGUCUGCAACGAGGCGGCGCUGAUCGCUGCCCGACACCUGAACAUGUCCGUCAACGGCAAACACUUCGAACAGGCCAUCGACCGCGUCAUCGGAGGUCUGGAGAAGAAGACGCAGGUUCUGCAGCCGACAGAGAAGAAGACGGUCGCUUUUCACGAGGCGGGGCACGCCAUCGUGGGCUGGUUCCUGCAGCACGCCGACCCGCUGCUGAAGGUGUCGAUCAUCCCGCGGGGGAAGGGUCUGGGUUACGCUCAGUACCUGCCCAGAGAGCAGUACCUGUACAGCAAGGAGCAGCUGUUCGACAGGAUGUGCAUGAUGCUGGGGGGCCGCGUGGCUGAGCACGUCUUCUUCGGCAGGAUCACCACCGGAGCUCAGGACGACCUGAAGAAGGUCACGCAGUCGGCCUACGCUCAGGUGGUGCAGUUUGGGAUGAGCGAUAAGGUGGGGCAGGUGUCCUUCGACCUGCCCCGGCAGGGGGAGAUGGUCAUGGAGAAGCCGUACAGCGAGGCCACGGCCGAGCUGAUCGACCAGGAGGUCCGAGACCUGGUGGAGCGAGCGUACCAGAGAACGCUGGAGCUCAUCAACGACAAGAAAGAGCUGGUGGAGCUGGUGGGGCAACGCCUCCUGGAGAAGGAAGUCCUGGUCAAAGCGGACAUGUUGGAGCUGCUGGGCCCGCGGCCGUUCGAGGAGAAGUCGACGUACGAGGACUUUGUGGACGGCACGGGGAGCUUCGAGGAGGACACGAGUCUGCCGGAGGGCCUCCGAGACUGGAACCAGGAGAGAGCAGAGCCGGCGGAGGACACGGAGCCGUCCCGGGACAAACAGCACGCCGUGUAGCGGGACGCUCGCUCACAUCCGCGCUGCUGCCAAAACAACUGAAUGCUGCCUCAGUUUUAUAGAACCUGAGAGGGAAUCAUCUCCUGAAGUUAAUAAUGCCAUCAAUUCACUUUGUUUCCCUCUGGUUAAUAAUUCAGAACUCAACAUGGAUCUGAUUUUCAGUUGUGGACCGAGACGCGUGGAGAUAUUUCAAAUUUUGUUUAAAAAAAAGUCAUUUACGAGCAGAUGACGUCAUCACAGGAACGUUCCUGAGAACACCCGGCUCAGGAACGUUCCUGAGAACACCCGGCUCUCCGGUUAGGUGUGGAGUUCAUUUCAUGAAGUCUGAGAUCAGGAAGAAUCUCCCAAUCGUCUUCAAACUGACGACUGAAUGAGAUUUGUAUUUCUUGUAUCUCCUACUCCCUGACGAACGAGGCAGAAGAACAUUCUGAACGUUUCUAGAGUUUUAAAUAUGUUGAAGUUUUGUUUCCUGAACGUUUGUGUGUUCAGCGUAUGAAACAGUCGCUCGACGCUGGGAUCAGACGGCUCCAUGUGUGGAAACGUUAAUAUUAAGUUCUGAUGAUUUUAAAGGAACAAACAUCGACUCGAAAGGUUUCGUGCUUCAUGUUUCCUCAAACUGAGGAGAAACUUUUAUUUAACGUUUUUAAUCCUCACAUUAAAGAACAAUGUGUGGAGCUGGAUUAUAAAUAACUAUUAUAAGUUCAUUUAUUUCAGCAGUUUAUCUCCUAAAGUAAGAAAUAAAAUGUCCCGAUGUAAAGUUUUGUUCUUUUGGGUUAAAAUGCAGCGAAUAUUAAGUUUGUGAUUAAAAGUUAUUUCACGUUUAAACUCAGUUAUUGGUUCCAGAUGAAAUUUAAAGACGCGUUAAUGUGAAAUGAUGGAGUAUGAAUUCAGACGUGUCGCUGCAGCCACAUAUUUACACAAACAUGUAUUUAAGAUUUGAUUUAAUAACAAUUUAUAAUUUAAACCAAGUGUCUGUUUGAACAUUUUAAAACCGAAUGUUUGUCAGAGUCUCGGGAUGAAUAAAGUUUUGCUUUAUUUUAGACUCUAUAAUAAACUCACAGUUUGCAAAGUA